AUGCAUAAAAUCGCUAUAAAGAGCUUUGUCACCUUUUCCUUAUAUUUCGUACAUACGUUUCAAAAGACAUUUAAAGAGUUAUUAUUAGUUUGA